AUGUUAAUCAAAAACGCCAGAAAUAACAAGAACCUCAAGAUCAUGGAUCCAGAUUGCGCCAUAUGUUCUCAGCCAGCCAUGGCAAAAUGCGAGUGCGAAGCCAAUGGCCUUACCGUCGCUGUGAGGCAGGCUGAACAGAGAAUGAUGGCGAGUGUUUAUACUGAGAUAAGAACCUGGGUCCGUGGCCACGCUCAAGAUUACAUUCUCAACUACUUCAGUGUUCUCACCACCCGCCGCAAAGACGAACACGCCUCCCAGAUCCACCGCAUAACCGAACGAGCAGCCUACUACUACAACGCCCGUCCUCACCCCUCCGAAACUGCAGCCGCAGAUGCCGAACUCAAACGCGGCAUCGACGAAGAUUGGCGCGCGAGCGUCCAACGCUACCCCGAAGUCCUUGAAUAUUUCUUCAGCCUGGUAGAACUAACUUUACCAAGUGAUGAGGAACCCGGAGUUCGAGAUCCGCCAUUAUCGGCACUAGGGGGUGGAGGAAGGAAGGUGAGAUUGAGUGAACCGGGUCCGCCGCAGAGGGGAUCUACGCCUGCUAUUUCGGAUGGAGGAGAAGAGAGGGAAAGAAGGAGGGAACAGAGGAGAAUUGGAACGCCGGCUGGUGAAAGAGAAAGACAUGUGGAGAGACAAAGAAGAGAUAGUAUGAGGGCUGAACCGAGGAGUCGACCGAUGACUGCACCACCGCCGCCUGGAGGUCCGCAUAUGCCUCCUGCACAUAUGCCACCUGCACAUAAUCCACAGAGGAACUCGAGGGGUCCUCCACAAUAUGCUCCCACGCCUGGCUAUGCUUAUGUCAAUCCAUAUUGA